CUUUGGCGGUGACGCUCCGGAAGGAUGCGGCGGGCAGAGUGAAACCUGCGCCGCGAGAUUCGAGCCCUGUUCCCGCGGACUUUAUUGACACCGUUGCGUGAAGUGGAUGUCCACAACAAGCCCUCCACAACCAGAGUAGCUUGAUUUGGAGCCAUGGUGCCACCCGUCGUUGCAUUACCGAGCAGGAAUUGCGGCUCUUAAACCGUCACUUCUUCCAGGCAGAUGGAGGCUAUGGAGGUAGAUUCCCCUGUGGGGAUACAGGAAGGAGGCAGCAGACCAACACAGGCAGCUGUUGCAGGCCAGGCCGAGAAUGCCAACGCACCACUUGUCAUCUCAGACUCCGGCAGCAGUACCGAGGUGGAGGAGGAAGAACAUGAUAGCAAUGAGGGACAAGAGGCAGCUCGGCCAACUCCAAGGCUUCCCGCAACCUGGGCGUUUAGUCAGAGGGCGGUGAGCAGGACUGCAGCCACGCCAUCAGCAGCUCGGGGGGCACCCAUGCGGAGGAGAGUCAGGCAGGGCCUCAGAGUGCACUACCCCAGCCAGACGGCGGCACCUUCAAGAGGCUUCCCUGACUUUCUGCUCCGAGCGCCCACUGCCAGCGUGGCUGAGCUAGAGUCCGGCAGCACCACAGAGGUCAGCGAGUCGGAUGAAGAGGAUGGAGCAGUGGAAGCGGGGGGUGAAGAGGGUGCCUCUGCUGUUGUGUUACCUGUUGACCCCGCACCACCAACCAUUUCUCACCUCAACGCCUCCAUACAUCACCCGCAGCCACAGGAUGUCAGCUCAGCCAACACCAGUUCAGUUGCAGAAAAUGAGAGGACAGGAAAUAAACAUCAAGGCGUUAAGUUGGCUUCCGUUCUGUCAUCUCUGAGUGAGGAGACUGAAGGCGACAACUGCACCAUCUGCUUCGAGGCGUGGACGACGGCGGGCGAACACAGGCUGUCUGCUCUGCGCUGCGGUCAUCUCUUCGGCUACACCUGCAUCCAGCGCUGGCUGAAAGCUCAGGGUUCAGCCGCUAAAUGUCCACAGUGUAACAAGAAAGCGAAGCGUUCAGACAUCGUGUUGCUGUACGCUCCCAAGCUGAGAGCGCUGGACAACUCUGAGGAGGAGAGCUUAAAAAAGUCUCUGGAGCAGGAGCAGUCCCUUAGAAGGAAGGCUGAACUGGAGUCAGCUCAGUACAAACUCAAACUACAGGUCGUCACCAGCAAAUAUGGACAAGUAGAACAAGAGCUGCAGGAGCUAAGGUCUCUAAUGGCUCAGGCUGGUAGAAGCUCGGUUCCCUCUUCCUUCUCGGGGUCAGCCGUAUACCUCGGCCUCUCUCAGAGGCAAGAGGGCUCCAGGAAGGCCCAAUACAGCUUCUCCAAGGCAAUUUUAGUGUCUCAGGCUGGAGGUUGUAGGGUCCUGUCAUACUGUGAACCUCUGAGUUGCCUGCUUGCCUCGCAGCCUUCCCCACAAGCCACAUUGGUGCCUGGUUGUGGGGUAAAGAAGGUGAGUGUGGUGAACAUGAAGGCGAGUCAGUACGUCCCCAUCCACAGUAAACAGAUCAGAGGUUUGUCCUUCAAUAGGCAGAAUGACAGUCUGCUGCUGUCUGCUGCCCUGGACAACACCAUCAAACUGACCAGUCUGUUGACCAACACAGUGGUUCAGACCUAUAAUGCAGGCAAACCAGUGUGGAGCUGCUGCUGGUGUUUGGAUAACAGUAACUACAUCUAUGCUGGUCUGAGCAACGGCUCGGUGCUCGUCUACGACACCAGAGACACCACCACACACGUCCAGGAGCUACAGCCACUUCGCUCCAGGUGUCCAGUGGCAUCUCUGUGCUAUGUCCCGCGGGCAGCAUCCAGCUCGUUCCCCUGCGGUGGGUUGAUCGCAGGGUCUAUGGAGGGCGGGUGUUUCUGGGAGCAGGUCAGCGAGGUCACAUACAGACCCCAUGUCCUGCCGCUGGAGACAUCUGGCUGCACCGACAUCCAGGUAGAAACAGAGAGCCGUCACUGUUUGGUCACGUACAGGCCAGGACGUUCCAAUCCAUCUCUGCGCUGUGUCCUGAUGGCUCUGAACCGUACACCUCAGCAGGAAUCGAGUCAGCUGCCCAACUGCUCCUGCUGUCCUGUUCAGACGUUCGGCGCCGGCUCGUCCUGUAAACUGCUCACCAAGAACGCUGUCUUCAAGAGUCCAGAUGGAGUAGGAACACUGGUCUGUGCCGGUGACGAGGCCUCAAACUCUACCAUGGUGUGGGACGCCAGCAGCGGCUCUCUGCUCCAAAAGCUUCCAGCCGACCUGCCCGUGUUGGACAUCAGUCCAUUUGUAAUGAACGGGGAGCACUUCCUGGCCUCGCUGACGGAAAAGAUGCUGAAGCUCUACAGGUGGGAGUGAACCAGGAAACAAGGACCAGACACAGUCCCACGGCACAAGGACAGAAUCUGACUGUGCUGGAAAUCGAAUGCUGCUAACCCUUUGUCUGCUUGUUUACACAAAUCGAAAACAAACUGGUUUCUACAACUAUUGACCUUGACCCGAGACAGAACGCCUCUGUCAGGUGUGUAUAGACACACUGAGGUUCUGCUGAACUGUGAUCCCAUACAAAGGAAUAUGUUUGUUAUAUAUAUAUAUACAAGCCUGAGGUCGAGUUAUUAAUAUUCUGCGUGUGUGUUUCGACGUGUCUCUGUCCUGAGGUACUGCAGUUUCCCAGUUUCAACACUGGAGCUGAUAAAGGUGAAGAUGGUGAUUUUCUCUUGGUGUCUCUCAGGUGUGUCGGUGUUUUGGUUUGAUCAUUGUGAUACUUUGGUAUGAGCCCUGCAGCUAAAGCACCGACUACAACUACUAACCAUGUGUUUUUAUCUUUGUCUCUCCAUCCUUCAGCUUAACUGUUGUAUGUAUUUUUUUCUUACACGUCGACAACUUCUGCUCUGCUUAUUCUUAAGAAUUGUGUAACCCAUUACAGACAACAUCAAGUCUAUGGUUGCAACUUCUGCUUCUACUUUUAGAUAAUUUGCCUCUUACUAUUUCUGUGAACUGGUUACUGGAAUCGGCAGAAAUUUGGCAUUGUUUCCUCUUUCACUUAGUAAAUUGUUGUUUGUUGAUUUGAAAAGUCUACACAGCAUUACCACAGAACUGGAGCCUGACUAAUAUGUUGGCAGGACAUAUCGUCUGAUUUUUAACCACCAUCCUUCAUUUGUCGUGGACAAGAAAUGACAGUGUCAGUGUUUGUCCACCAGAGAGCGCUGAAGUUAGUUUCUAGACUGUUCCAUUCGCCACAUACAUUUAGACGUCUCUUUUAUUAUCAACUUUAAGUAUACAUUGUCCGGGCAAUACCUUACUGGUUGGCCCAUAUUUGCAGCUGUAUUGUCAUUGAGAUGGGUUACACAAAUAGAAGUCUGGAAAGGUAUAAAACCUGUCAGGACAGAACAGUAGCAUAGCUCGCAAAAGUUAGUUUAGUUUAUCCUUAUUUAGGCUAAAUUGUGCUAAACCAUGGGUGUGGUCCUCUAAUGGAGAUAUUAUAGUACCAUUACUUCUAGUUUACUGCUAAAGUGUGUCUUGCACAUUACUAAGGAUAAUUUACUUUGACUCUGUUGUCCCCUUUGAGAUUUCUUUCUCUCAUUUCAGAUGGCCAGUGGUGUCAGUUUGUUUGUGGUGUAAGCUUGAAAGGUAUAAGCCACAAGUAAAAAGUGUCUGUCAAACUGUUAAAUGCGUUGAGGUUUGAGCGCAGGGUGCAGAUCAGGAACUUGUGUCCUCAUUUUCAACACCUCUAUGUUUGCCCGUUAUCACAGUCAGCUCAUCACUGCAGUGCCUUCCUGUAGCUUCUCAACUGAACGUUCAGAUGUCAGAGGAUCCUUGAAUCCACCACAAACAGGAAGUUAGAAAGUGAUCUGGCUGACUGAUCCAUCAUCACACCUUCAUCCCGUCUUCUUGUCUCACUCCUUACUGAACCACAAUAUGAACACUGCCAUUUUUACUCUUCUUGGUUUUCAUUUCUUAAGAAUGUUGUAUAUAUGUAUAUUUUCUACAAACUGUUUGAGUUCAACUUCAAAGUCAAUAAAGAUGACAUGUUAUUUUUAA